AUGGGCCUCCUCCUCGCCGCCUACACCAUCUACGUCGACACCCUCUUCGCCGUCUCCUCCGUCUCCAGCCAGCUGUUCGUCGCGGAGAUCCGGCCGGGAGCGCUCGAGUACUCACUCUACUCGCUCGCACAAGUGCUGUGCAUCAUCGGCUGCCAGAUCCUGUUCCUCUACAUCCGUCCGCUCGUCAAGAUCCGCCUCGAGACCUGGCUUAUCACGGGCUAUGCGCUGAGCCUGCUGCUUCCGCUUUGGGGCAUCAUUGGCUUCGCGGACGUCAGACCCGCUAGGAAUUCUACACCACCCCCCUCCUCACCCAACUCUCCCAAGCCCCCGCCAACACCGCCUGGAAAGUCCUCUUCUCCGAGCUCAUCCCCCCCCGGCGCCGAGAUCCGCUGGCUCACGCUCCAAGUUGUCCUCUCGUGCGGUACCGUCUGGCUCAACUACGUCGCCUCCGCCCCGCUGCAGAACGCCACGCACGAGCUGCGCUUCCCGCUCGUCUUGAGCGCGGUUUUGCUGUGCUUUCCUGUGGCGAUGGAGGUUGCGCGCGGGAAUUUGGCGGUAUUUAGGCGGGAUCGGGAGGAAUGGGCUGCUGUCGACGGCGAGGGGGUGGUGGUGGAGGAGGUGAGGGUUGAGGGGGCGGGAAAAGGUGGAUGA